GCCUUCCCGCUAGGCUGUUUCAGGCAGGUAUAACCUGGGGGAGGCGGAGACACGCACGGGGUCCGGUAGAUUGUACUUUACGGAGGUAAUUAUGAGGAUUAUUACCGUAUUAUGGAUCAUCUUCAAUAUCUUUGAUAUCUUUGAUAUCUUCAUCUCCACCUCUUCUCCUCUUCUCCUCUUCACCCAUCAUCCUUCACUCUUUUCCUUUCUUCCCCCUCUUCCUUCUACCGCCAUUCUCUGCCACUUACUCUGUGUCUAUACCAUUUGAACCACCGCGAUACAGGUACCGGAUACCCCCUCUCCUCCACGGAGGCCAACCAAGCAU